UAGCAAUAACGAUCUUUCCAAUCAAAUUACUAAGCUGACAACCCAAAGGAAAAAUUUUGAAGCUGAAAUUGAGCAACUGAGAGAAGAGUUGAAACAACACUUAGAAUUAAUUGAUCAAGUAAGUGAAGAAAACAAUGAUUUAACUCGCUCAAAAUCUGAACUUUCCCACAAGCUUGAUACCAUUCAAACUGAAACAGUGCAGAUGAAUGAAAUUAUAUCUGCUUUAAGAGAAGAGAAGGCAUCCCUGGAGAAAGCAUUAUAUUCGUGUCAAAAGUCUACUGUUGAUGUUCAUGAUGAAAAGUCAGAUCUAGUAAGGGAAUUGGAUUUCCAGAAAUCUUCAGUUGCAAGUUUACAAGCUCAAAUCAAAGAAUUGCAGGACCUUCACCAAGCUUACAUUGAUGAUGUAGCCAAAGAGAAGGAGGCUUUGACAAUGAAAAUGAAUAAAAUUGAGCAAGAAUUUCAAAUCAUCCUACAUAAUGAAAGACAUCAGCACAAUGUUGACAUUGAUAUUCUGACUCAGGAAAAGGAAGCUUUGCGUGGCAGAUUAGUUUCAGUUGUCGAUGAAUGCUUUGACAGCCAACAAAAGAGACUUGAGGAAGUGCAAAGUAGCCAUCAAGAAGAAAUUGCAGCUCUGAAAAAGAAGUUUAGUGUGCUUGAAAGUGAGCAUGAAGAGAAAUUACAGUUAUUGGAAGAGGAAAAGAAAAGGAUUGAUAUGGAUAACAAACUUCAAAUGGAGGCUUUAGAACGCACAAUCAUUGAUCUUAAAAAGGAAUUAAGUGAAAAAGAGGUCAUAGUAAGUGCUUUAGAAGAAAGAGUUACUGUUGCAGACAGAGAGAAACAAAAAGUUUUGCAGGAGAAGUUACAAGUUCAACAAAAUUUGAAAGAUGAAAUCAAUAACAUGCUAUUGGAACAUUCAAAAGCUAUUAAAGAUCUAGAAAAUCAAGUUCAAGAUCUAAAGCAGCAAAAGGAAGCUGCAGUUCAGGAUUUGCAAAACCUGGAAAUUAAAUUUAAAAAUUCUGAACAUGAAAAAGAUAAAAUUGCUGCAGAAUUAGAUGAACUUAGCUCUUUGUCAAAAAAUGAAAAAAAUUCAAGAGUUCAACUGGAAGACAAAAUUGCACUGCUUCAAAAUCAGUUACUUGAUGAAAAAAGUUUGAAUGAAGUUGUCAAUAGAUCCCUGGAAGACUGCAAGAGCCGUUUGAAAGUUGCUCAAGCAGAAAAUAUGAAGUUUAAGAAUCAAAUAGAAGAAACCAAACAAGAAAUGAAUGAUUUUGUUAGUAUUAACAAUAAAUUACUGUCUCAAAAUGCUGAAUAUAAGGCUACCUUAAAGGAUGUAGUACACUCCCGUCAAGAAACGAAAAGAGAACUUCAAAACCUGCAAAGGAAGAUGCAGAUUUUAGAACAGGAUUUGAAUUCAAAAGAUUACGAAAUUACAGAGUUGAGUAUUUUGCAGGGGAGGCAAGAGGAAAAAGAGGAAGAGCUGAAAAGAGAAAUUGUUUCUCUGAAACAAAAGGUUUUGGAGUCAAAUUCAUCCAAUGUUGCAGCCAUGAAAGAAAUGGCUCAGUCCAAGCAAAAACUCUCAGGAUUAGAACACAAAUUGAAAGUGCAAGAAGAGCAACAUCAUUCAGUUCUUGAAGAGUGUUUGUCUAAUGAACAAAGCUUAUCAGAACACCGACUAAACUUAGAAAAGAGUGUAGCUGAUGCUACAAAAGAAAUACAGAGUUUACGUUCUAGAUUAAGCUUUGAGGAAGGAAAAGCUGCAGCUUUAGAAUCUAGAGUUAUCAAAUUAGAUGGUUCUAAGAGAGAAGUUGAGAACAAGAUGUAUUCAUUGUGCCUCUUCCUCCGAACUUGCCUUGGUAUUGGUUCUGAUAGUGGAUUUUCAAGUAGUGCAUCAAAUUUGCUCCUAAGCCCUUGGCCAUUACAGAAGGACGCACACAAUGGGUCUAGAUCAUCGGUAAAAGACAGUCCUCAUCGGUUGAAUUUCUCUGCCUCUGGUACAGCUGCUCAGCUCACAAUAUCGGAUUCUGAUAUAGAGUUAUUAAAGUCAACAUUAAUGGAUUUGAUUGAGAAGUUUCAUGCUGUAGAAAAGGAAAAGGAUGAUUUGAAAGAUGCUCUUUCUGGACUCCAGAAACAAGAUGAAGAAUUGAGGAAUGAACACAGUCGAUGUAUUGCGAAAGUUUACCAGCUGAAGAGAGAUUUAGAAGACAAAAAAAAUGUUGAAAAGGAUUUAGCUACUAAAAUAGCCAGUAUUCACCACCAUGAGGAAGUCAUUCGCACCCUUGAAAGAGAGAAAAGAAGACUUACAGAAAAAAUUGGAAAUGCAGAAUUUAGUUUGUCUGCUCUGGAGAAAGAAAAAGAAAAUUUGCUGGACAAAACAAAUGAGAUGAAAAAAUUUGAAGAUGAUUUAAAGACUGUCAGCUUAGCUAAAGAAACUGCUGAAUCAAAAGCUUUGAAAUAUUUUAAGAUGUAUCAAAAUUUAGAGAAAGAUAUUGCUGUGCUGCAUGAAACGUUGAAUAAUAAAACUUUAGAAAUAAAGCUUUUAGAACAGAAUAUUGAGGCAGGAAAGAAAAAACUUCAAGCUUGUGAAGAGAGAAAUAAAAAUCUAUGUUCAACAAUAGAACAGCUGAAUUUGGCCAUUGAAAAUCAUAUAGAUACUGAGAAAAUGCUAAAAGAUAAGGUACACAGCCUAAGUCAUUCUUUGUCUAGAAAUUCAGCGUCACAACAAAAUUUAAGUGAAGAGUAUGAAAGUGCAAGAAAGGAACGAAUGAAGUACCAGAAAGAAAUCUUUACUCUGCAGUCAAUGUUAGAACAGUUAAAAUCUACAUCUGAGGAAUUCAAACUUAAAAACAGAAUCCUCAAUGACGAGCUAGAAAAUAUGCGAAAAAAUCUGAGAAUGAGUGAAUCAGCAAAAGAAGAAUUUUCAGACCAAAUCAAACGUUUACAAAAUGAUCUCGUGAAAGCCAAAGAUUCAGAAAAGGAAGCUCUAGAUCAGGUCAAUAAACUCAGAGAACAAAAGAAAAAUCUUGAAAUAAGAAUGACAGAAUUGAAUUCAUCUUUAAGAGAGGCUAGAGCAAUGUAUGAAGUUAAAGAAGAGAUGUGUGAAAAAUUAGAAAUGGAAGUGGAUAUGAUGCGCAGUGAUCUAAAUAAAAUUGAGAAAGAAAAACAAAUGACGAGUGAGUUGACUGCUAAGUCGCUAGUUGAGAAAAGUUCUUUGGGAAGGACUCUAACUAAAUUAGAAAUAGAAAAUCAGGCUUUGCAGAUAAAAGUGCAAAAUUUGCAGGCUCAGUUGGCUGAAUUAGAAGAAAGACAUGCUCAAAGAGUUAAAGACUUUUUAGAUAGCCAAAAACUUGAAUCAAAGUUGGAGGAUGAGAGAAUAAAGAGGGCCUUAAAACAAACACGACAACUGAUGGAGGCCAAAGAGAAAACUUACCACCAAAAAGUUUUAGGAUUAGAAGAGCAGAUUAAAGUUCUGAAAGAGCACUUGGAGAAAGAAAAACAAAAAUGGCAGCGAUAUCAUGAACGCUCAUUACACACGAAUUCAAACAUCAACUACUUACAUUCCGUCCUCAGUAAAUCCUUACAAAAUGUAUCCGAGGAUCCACAAAAGUUACUGCCAGAAGCAGAGAGACUGGAUCUUACUACUGAGAUUCAAUUGAAUGCUUCUGGGGCUUCAAUAUCCACUCCAUCCAAGUUCAGUCGCACACCGUCAUUCAUUCAUCACAAGGCAUCAACCCCCAGAAUAGGGACCCCCCUCUCCAGCAGACGAAAGCUUGAUUUCUCCAAAACAUAG